GGAAGGUUUGAAGUCCGACUGAAAGCAGGCAGAAAGAAAGAAGAGUCUAAUCCUUUAUAAAAUAUCUCUGCUCUGGCUGGUUCAGGAUGGCUGAACCUCGCUUUAACAAUCCCUAUUUUUGGCCUCCACCUCCUGCGAUGCCAGGCCAGCUGGAUAACCUAGUCUUGAUCAAUAAAAUCAAGGAGCAGCUGAUGGCGGAGAAGAUCAGAACGCCUCAUCUGCCUCCCACCACAGUCCCUUCCCAACAGCCCUUACUGGCUCCCCACAGCCAGGCGGAGGGUGGACAGCAUGUGAUGUCCAAAGCCCAUCAGAUGCAAGUUCUCCACAGCCACAGCCCGUCUCAGCCAGACAUCGCUCUGCACGCCCGCCCCGCCUCCAGCUCAGUCACAGGUCGUAUUCUUGGGGAUGUAAACUUGAAUCUGGACGAUAAGGCAGCUAUAAAAGCCAGAGGAUUAUGGGAAGACUGGCAUCUGCGUCAACUCAUAGACCAUCCCUCUAGAACAAACCAUGUCUCAGGUGUGGCGCUGGCAUCCAGAACAGGCAACCUCAACACCUCAGAGAUCAUCACCCCCACCACGCCCACCUCCAGUAGCCACAGCCGGCUAGGUGGAGCCCCCACACCUCACCUCAUCUCAGGGUUAGCCAGCAGCCACGGGAUGGAGCCUGGGAAAAACAACGGGGGCCUUGUGGGACUCCUCGGGCCGCCUCCAAAGGAGGAACGAGGGCGUAAGAAGAUCAAAGCAGAGAAUGGGUCUUCACUGUUGGUGGUGCCCUACCCCAUCUUAGCCUCAGGCAAUGACCAGUCCUGUGUCACCAUCACUGCCAAACAAGGAAAAACCUACAGGUGUAAAAUGUGUCCGCUGACCUUCUUCUCCAAGUCAGACAUGCAGAUCCACUCUAAAACGCACACAGAGGCAAAGGCUCACAAGUGUCCUCACUGCACCAAAUCCUUUGCGAACGCGUCUUACCUGGCCCAGCACCUCCGCAUACACCUUGGCGUCAAACCGUACCGCUGUUCAUACUGUGAGAAAUCUUUUCGACAGCUCUCACAUCUGCAGCAGCACACCAGAAUCCACACCGGCGAUCGGCCGUAUAAAUGCGCCCAUCCAGGAUGUGAAAAAGCUUUUACUCAGCUAUCCAAUCUGCAGUCUCACCAGAGGCAGCACAACAAAGACAAGCCCUUCAAAUGUUCCAACUGUUACCGUGCCUAUUCAGACUCUGCGUCGCUGCAGAUCCACCUGUCCGCACACGCCAUCAAAAACGCCAAAGCCUACUGCUGCAGCAUGUGCGGCAGGGCGUACACCUCAGAGACUUACCUUAUGAAGCACAUGUCUAAACACACACUGGUGGAACACAUGGUGUCCCAUCACUCCCCUCAACACAGGACAGAGUCCCCCAGCAUCCCUAUACGGAUCUCCCUCAUCUGAACUCCACCACGAGGUUUAAUCCUCACCCGUCUCCUGCCCUUCCUUUUUUUCUGAUUCCUGUGAUAUCAACGUUCCCCUGAUGGACUUUGAACCCAUGAAUGGGUUCUAAAAAAUGUGCCAGAUUGUACUCGUAUCUUGUGAAGAGGUGCUCUUUUAAUGAGUAUAUCCUCCUUUUCUUUCAUGCUGACCAGAUAGUAUUAUCUGGAACAUCCAAAGAUGAUUUCUCAGCACUUUCAGGCCUGGAAAUGACAGGCCUAAAAAAAUGUUUUUUUGUGUGUGACUUCACAGAAAAAAAAGGUAUCGCUCCAGGCAGCUACAUGGAAAAUCUUUUUAAACUUUUUUGUGUUGUAACAGAUUACUUUGUCUUUUUAUAUGGUCCUUUCCUUUCUUAAGUCUUUGCAAAAAAAUGUAUUUGCAUCAGAAAUAGUCUUCCAUUAACUCGGUGGCCAAUUGAACAUAAAGCUGAAUGCUUAUAUAAAUGUGUAUUCAUGUAUAUUGUGCCACUUUUUAUGUCCGUGUUUGCAGUGUUUCACCAUACAUGUCACCAUAAUGCACACACAAAUAAUCUGUUCAUUUUUCUCUUCAGCAGUUUUUAUUUUCAACCAUUUUGCCACGUUCACUCCUACCAGGAUGAAUCAUAACUGAAAGGAUGGACUUUUUUUUUUUUUUUUUUUUUUACAUAUUUAUGUUACAAAACUAAAAUUAUGCUCAAUUCUUGAGUACACAGUUUAAUCUGAUCACAUUUCAAAAGGUGUUUUCGGUCUCUUGUUAUAGAGAUGUUGAUUAAAUAAAUUAUUUUAAAAAACCAACAACACUAAAAACCCAUUCAGAUACUGAACUGAAACUUUAAUUGAUGCAAUGUAUGAACUUCUGCUACCAUAGCACAGAAAGUGUAUCAAAAUGUGUUUUUAUGAGCGGGUCAUAACUCCCUAAAAAUAGUUUAAGUAUUCUUACGCCUUUAUUUCUCCAAAUAUUCAUCAUAAUAUUUAGGAUUACUAUGUUAGAAUUAUAUUGAGUGAUGCACUUAAAGUGCUUUAAUCCACUUCAUAUUUAAUUGGUUGUGCAAAAAAUAAAUAUAAAGGCAAGACUGAUAUUCUAAACCACCACUCUGCUGCUGCCAAACAGACGGAUAUGUUAUAGUCUUGGAAACAUGAACAAUCUUUUGGGUUUUCAGUUUUAAUGUGUAGAUGAAGCAUCAAUCUUUUUUAAUAUUCAAUUCAAUUCAAUAUUCAUUGUUUUAUUAAUGAACACUUUGCCAUUUUAUAAGCAUUUAAGCCUUAACUUUGUUACAACUCCACUCUGUUGUUUUAUCACUUAGCAUUUGCUUUUUAUGUCAUAGCAUGAUAUAUACUGUAAAUAACCUAUAUUAACUGUCAACAUGUUUUAUAAUAAAUAAUUCUACA